AUCCUGGGGAAUAUUUCAGCAGCUGGGGCCAUGUAAUUUAAAACCUCUGAAAAGUGUGCUGCAGUCCGUGCACAGCAUUAGUAUAAAGCGAGGGCUGAAUGCAGCCCGUUCGGAGAACUUCCUCGCUCCCUGCAGCAAAGAGAAGACUGAAAGACAAACCUGGGUGCAGCCGGAGAGGUCCAGAUAGAUGAGCUUGUGGCAUCCAUUCCCCAAGUUCAGAUGGUGAUUAAGCGCUACGGAGAAGAAAUGAAACAAGAAAAGGAAUUGGGAGCACCCAACAGCUGGGAGGGAAUGUGAUUUAAAGUCGGGCUGAACAGGAAGUUUUCACUGAAAAUGUAACAUUUGAGCCAAGACGUGCAAGGAUGCCAAGGACAGUGCCAUUGACUUCAAGCAUCUCUGGAGCCCACAUCCAACAUGGGACUCCACGUACCCCAGCUGGGUCUCAUUGUUCCAGAACUGCAUUAGUUAAGAUUACCCAAACUUGGAUUUCAAAGGAAUAUUUUCAUUGUUCCAUCUGUCACACGAAGUAAUUGGGGCCAGCUGGAUGUCAGGAUGCGCGUGGUUACCAUUGUAAUCUUGCUCUGCUUUUGCAAAGCUGCUGAGCUGCGCAAAACAAGGCCAGGCACUGUGAGAAGCCGAGUGAAUCAUGGCCCAGCGGGUGGAGGCCGGAGAGGCUCCAACCCGGUCAAACGCUAUGCACCAGGCCUCCCAUGUGACGUGUACACAUAUCUCCAUGAAAAAUACUUAGAUUGUCAAGAAAGAAAAUUAGUUUAUGUGCUGCCUGAUUGGCCUCAGGAUUUGCUGCACAUGCUGCUAGCAAGAAACAAGAUCCGCAUAUUGAAGAACAACAUGUUUUCCAAGUUUAAAAAGCUGAAAAGCCUGGAUCUGCAGCAGAAUGAGAUCUCUAAAAUUGAGAGUGAGGCGUUCUUUGGUUUAAACAAACUCACCACCCUCUUACUUCAGCACAACCAGAUCAAAGUCUUGACAGAGGAAGUGUUCAUUUACACACCUCUCCUGAGCUACCUGCGUCUUUAUGACAACCCCUGGCACUGUACUUGUGAGAUAGAAACGCUUAUUUCAAUGUUGCAGAUUCCCAGGAACCGAAAUUUGGGAAAUUAUGCCAAGUGUGAAACCCCACAAGAACAAAAAACUAAAAAACUGCGACAGAUAAAAUCUGAACAGUUGUGUAAUGAAGAAGAAAAGGAACAAUUGGACCCAAAACCCCAAGUGUCAGGGAGACCCCCAGUCAUCAAGCCUGAGGUGGACUCAACUUUUUGUCACAAUUAUGUAUUUCCCAUACAAACACUAGACUGCAAAAGGAAAGAGUUGAAAAAAGUGCCAAACAACAUCCCUCCAGAUAUUGUUAAACUUGACUUGUCAUACAAUAAAAUCAACCAACUUCGACCCAAGGAAUUUGAAGAUGUCCAUGAGCUGAAGAAAUUAAACCUCAGCAGCAAUGGCAUUCAAUUCAUCGAUCCUGCUGCUUUUUUAGGGCUCACACAUUUAGAAGAAUUAGAUUUAUCAAACAACAGUCUGCAAAACUUUGACUAUGGCGUGUUAGAAGACUUGUAUUUUUUGAAACUCUUGUGGCUCAGAGAUAACCCUUGGAGAUGUGACUACAACAUUCACUACCUCUACUACUGGUUAAAGCACCACUACAAUGUCCAUUUUAAUGGCCUGGAAUGCAAAACGCCUGAAGAAUACAAAGGGUGGUCUGUGGGAAAAUACAUUAGAAGCUACUAUGAAGAAUGCCCCAAAGACAAGUUACCAGCAUAUCCUGAGUCAUUUGACAAGGACACAGAAGAUGAAGAAUGGGAAAAAAUACAUAGGGAUCACACCGCAAAGAAGCAAAGUGUAAGAAUUAUUAUAUUGGGAUAAGAUAGAAAUUUUUCUGAUUGUAAUUAGUUUUGUAUUUUCCAUACUGGCGUUAGAAAACAUAUGUUUACAUUUUUUAUUAACUGUGUUGCCUAUUUAUGCAGGGUUAUCCAGCUUUCUUUAAUGAUGAUAAGUAUUAUUGUGACUCUUAUAGUAAUCAAGAGAAUACUGACAUCCUGCUUGCCUGUGUAUUUUUGGAACAGCAUCUGGUGAUAUGUAAUUCCACACCAGUAACCUGCAGCAGUUGGGUCCUAAUGAUGGCAUUAGACUUUCAUAAUGUCCUGUAUAAAUGUUUUUACUGCUUUCUGAAAAUAAAAAAAAAAACUUGUUUCAUUUUUA